GGUAACACCCAUGGAAAUUUCCGUCGUUAGAAGCAAACGGACACAGCCCAGGUGUCUUUCUUAAAUGGCCCGACCCUAUGUUUUCGCUUGCCAGUUCACUACAGCCAAACACAAUUAUACAACAGCCAAACAAGUAGCAGUGGUUUUCUUCAAUCUUCGCAGCGACUUAUAAUUGGAAUUUUCAGUAAUGGCGAAGAUUGGCAAGAUAGUGCUUGACUCUGGGUGGCUUGCGGCCAGAUCAACGGAGGUGCAACUCACUGGGACGCAACUAACAACCACUCAUCCUCCUAGUGGGUCUACCUCGCCUUGGAUGGAAGCUGAUGUCCCCGGAACUGUUUUGGGAACCCUUGUAAAGAACAAAGUGGUGCCUGAUCCUUUCUACGGAUUGGAAAACGAAACAAUCAUAGAUAUAGCUGAUUCUGGGAGGGAGUAUUAUACAUUUUGGUUCUUCACCACUUUUGAGCGUAAGCUGUCAGGAAAUCAACACCUGGUGCUGAAUUUUCGUGCAAUCAAUUACUCUGCUGAAGUAUAUUUAAAUGGACACCAGAAGGUGUUGCCAAAAGGGAUGUUUCGAAGACAUUCUCUUGAUGUUACUGAUAUUCUAAAUCCUGAAGGUCAAAAUUUGCUGGCUGUUCUUGUUCAUCCUCCAGAUCAUCCUGGGAAAAUUCCUCCUGAGGGGGGGCAGGGCGGUGAUCAUGAGAUUGGAAAAGAUGUUGCUACACAAUACGUUCAGGGUUGGGAUUGGAUAGCUCCUAUAAGGGAUAGGAACACUGGCAUAUGGGAUGAGGUAUCAAUUUAUGUUACUGGGCCAGUGAAAAUUAUAGAUCCCCAUUUAGUUUCAACAUUUUUUGAUGGAUACAAGAGGGUAUAUUUGCAUGCUACAACUGAGUUGGAAAACAAAGGUGCCUGGGUUGCUGAAUGUAAUUUGAAUAUCCAAGUAUCAUUAGAGCUUGAAGGAAGCAUUUGCUUAGUUGAGCAUCUUCAGACACAACAUGUGUCAAUCCCAGCUGGAAAAAGUGUUCAAUAUACAUUUCCUGAGCUUUUUUUCUACAAGCCCAAUUUAUGGUGGCCAAAUGGUAUGGGAAAGCAAUCCAUGUAUAAUGUUAUUAUUACUGUUGAUGUGGGGGAAUAUGGGGAGUCUGACUCAUGGAGCCAUCUGUUUGGAUUCCGUAAAAUUGAGAGCUACAUUGAUAGCAGAACUGGUGGGAGGUUGUUCAAGGUCAAUGGGCAGCCUAUUUUUAUUCGUGGUGGUAAUUGGAUAUUGUCAGAUGGGUUACUGCGGCUUUCCAAAAAACGUUACAGAACAGACAUAAAGUUCCAUGCAGAUAUGAAUUUUAACAUGAUCCGGUGCUGGGGUGGUGGAUUAGCUGAGAGGCCAGAAUUCUAUCAUUACUGUGACAUUUAUGGUUUACUGGUAUGGCAAGAGUUCUGGAUUACUGGAGAUGUUGAUGGAAGAGGUGUACCAGUAUCAAAUCCAGAUGGUCCACUUGACCAUGACCUUUUUCUGCUAUGUGCUAGAGACACUGUCAAGCUUCUCAGAAACCAUCCUAGUCUUGCUCUUUGGGUGGGUGGAAAUGAACAAGUUCCACCACCCGACAUCAAUGAUGCUUUAAAGAAUGAUCUAAAACUUCAUCCCUUUUUUGUGAUCUCUGAAGAAACUGGCAAGUCUAUGGAAGACUUGUCUUUGCAAUCAGUCGAUCCUAGCCAAUAUCUAGAUGGCACACGUGUUUAUAUUCAAGGAUCCAUGUGGGAUGGCUUUGCAAGUGGAAGGGGGGACUUCACUGAUGGCCCCUAUGAAAUCCAAGAUCCUGAAAGCUUCUUUAGGGAUGAUUUUUACAAGUAUGGAUUCAAUCCUGAGGUUGGUUCUGUGGGAAUGCCAGUUGCUGCUACAAUCAGAGCAACGAUGCCUCCAGAAGGGUGGCAAAUUCCAUUUUUUAGGAAGCUUCCCAAUGGUUAUGUAAAAGAAGUUGCAAACCCUAUAUGGGAAUACCAUAAAUAUAUUCCUUAUUCAAAACCAGGCAAGGUUCAUGAUCAGAUCUUGUUGUAUGGGACACCAACAGAUCUUGAUGAUUUUUGUUUGAAGGCUCAGCUUGCAAACUACAUUCAGUAUAGAGCUUUAGUGGAGGGCUAUACUUCUCAUAUGUGGGGAAAACACACUGGUUUCUUAAUUUGGAAGACUCAGAAUCCUUGGACAGGUUUGAGAGGCCAGUUUUAUGAUCAUCUUCUUGACCAGACUGCAGGUUUCUAUGGUUGUCGUUGUGCUGCUGAGCCAAUCCAUGUCCAGCUGAAUCUAGCUACAUAUUUUAUUGAGGUUGUUAAUACCCAGUCGGCAGAACUCUCUGAUGUAGCCAUCGAAGCAUCAGUAUGGGAUCUAUCAGGAACCUGCCCAUAUUAUAAAGUUUUUGACAAACUCUCUGUUCCACCAAAGAAAAUAGUGUCCUUUGGUGAGAUGAAGUAUCCGAAAUCUAAAAAGCCCAAGCCACUCUACUUUCUUCUUCUCAAGCUUUACAAUAUGUCAGAUUACAGCAUUAUAUCUAGGAACUUCUACUGGUUGCAUCUGCCUGGUGGAGAUUACAAGCUGUUGGAGGCAUACAGGAAGAGAAAAGUUCCCCUCAAGAUAACAUCAAGGACUUUUAUUAAAGGAUCCACUUAUGAAAUGGAAAUGCAUGUGAAGAAUACCUCUAAGAAACCAGAUUCUAAAUGCUUUACUUAUAAGAAUAAUUUCAUUACCAGACUGGGUGAUGAUGAUUUUGACAUGGCCUCUCUGGAACCUGUAAACAUUGGAACCAAAGAAAAAGAUGAAGUUGGUUUAUUUCAAAGGAUCUGCAGGCAUUUCUCACGGGAAACUGAUGGUCUCAGGGUUGCUGAAAUUAAUGGUACUGAAGAAGGAGUUGCUUUUUUCCUUCAUUUCUCUGUACAUGCAUCGAAGACAGAGCACAAGGAAGGGGAAGACACAAGAAUUCUUCCUGUUCAUUACUCGGACAACUAUUUUUCACUUGUGCCAGGCGAGGUGAUGCCCAUCAAGAUAUCUUUUGAGGUUCCUCCAGGCGUUACCCCACGGAUAACACUUCACGGCUGGAAUUAUCAUGGAGGGCAUGCUGUUUUCUGAGCUCAGCUCCAGUAGUUACUCUCCAUCGAUCAUUGGCUCCCUUAAUCAAUCUCCUUCGUGGUUAGAAAUUCAGAGGUGGUUUCAUUAAUGUUUAAAUUGAUUCGACUUCUGGGGUCAUAAUUGUGUCAUUUACAAUGCCAAAAACAUCUGCUAGUUAGAUGUUUCUCAUAGUGACACCAAAAUAAAGCAUGCUACCAUUCCAGGCAUCAUUCACACAUUUCUUUUUUUAUUAUUAUUUUAUUUAUUUAUUUUUAUUUCCUGUUGUCUGAUAGUUCCUUAUGUAGCCCAACUUUUUAUUUGUAAACAACUGCGAUGAAGAACUGUAUUUAGCAUUUGAGUUACUUUUCUUGGUUCUGUAAUAUAUCUGAUCAUUUCUGGUUAAA